AUGUCUGCCGUCAAUCGUAGCGUGCGAACCGUCAGCAAGCAAUUGCGAAGUGCCCGCCUCACCACCGCCCCUCUGGCCAGCGCUGUCGCUCGCUCGAGUGCUUCGGCAUCCUUCGGCCUUGCACCUCGCUCGACUCUCCCCUCCUCCCACAGCAACUUUUCCACCUCUGCCGCGAGAGCAUCUGGUGCGCCCGUCAUGUCUGGCCCACGAGAGUACGAUCCCGAGAUCAAGGACAUUGCCGACUACGUCGCCAACAAGCCAAUUGACUCGGACCUCGCUUACGACACUGCGCGAUGGAUCCUCCUCGACACAAUCGGCUGCGGUCUUGAGGGCCUGAGGUUCAAGGAAUGCAGCAAGCUGCUUGGACCCAUUGUCCCCGGCACCAAGGUCCCCAACGGCACAAAGGUGCCCGGCACUGACUUUGAGCUCGACCCCGUCAAUGGUGCCUUCAACAUUGGCGCCAUGAUCCGAUGGCUCGACUUCAACGACUGCUGGCUGGCUGCCGAGUGGGGUCACCCCUCGGACAACCUGGGUGCCAUCCUCGCCGUGGCGGACUGGAUCAACCGCACCAACAAGGCUGGCGGCAACCUCGCCAACGGCAAGGUCUUCACCGUCAAGGAUGUCCUCGAGGCCAUGAUCAAGGCCCAUGAGAUCCAGGGCUGCUUGGCCCUGCUCAACUCCUACAACAAGGUCGGUCUCGACCACGUUGUCCUGGUCAAGGUCGCCUCCACAGCCGUCGUCGCCAAGAUGCUCGGCCUCAGCGAGCAGGGCAUCGCCGACGCUGUCAGCCAGGCCUGGGUUGACGGCCAGUCUCUGCGUACCUACCGCCACACCCCCAACACCAUGUCCCGCAAGUCAUGGGCUGCUGGUGAUGCUUGCCAGCGUGCCGUCGGUCUGGCUCUCAAGGUCCUCAAGGGCGAGGGCGGUGUCCCCACCGUCCUGUCCGCCCCCGUCUGGGGUUUCUACGACGUCCUGUUCAAGGGCAAGAAGUUUGAGUUCCAGCGCCCCUACGGCAGCUACGUGAUGGAGAACGUCCUCUUCAAGGUCUCCUACCCUGCCGAGUUCCACUCGCAGACCGCCGUCGAGGCUUCCGAGCGCAUCCACCACCAGCUCAAGGCCAUGGGCAAGUCGGCCGCGGACAUCAAGGCCAUCACCUGCCGCACGCACGAGGCCUGCAUCCGCAUCAUCGACAAGCAGUUCAAGCCCAUGGACAACUUUGCCGACCGCGACCACUGCAUCCAGUACAUGUGCGCCACCAUGCUGGUCUUUGGCCGCCUCGAGGCCACUGACUACACUGACGGUGGUGAGGCCGCCACCUCGCCCCUGGUCGAGUCUCUGCGCCAGAAGAUUGCCUGCGUCGAGGAUCCCCAGUACACCCAGGACUACCACAACCCCGAGCUGCGCACCAUCUCCAACGCGCUCACCGUGGAGCUCAACGACGGCACCAUCCUGGAUGAGGUCGCUGUCGAGGCGCCUCUGGGCCACCGCCUGCGUCGCGACGAGGCCAAGCCUGUCAUUCUGGAGAAGUACAAGCGCCACCUCAAGCCUCACUUGAGCGAGUCGCGCGUCGACGAGUUGGUCAAGCUCAGCCAGGACUCUGGCAAGCUCGACAACAUGACCGUGGAUGAGUACGUUGACUUGUACGUUGUCAAGGACAGCAAGUUUGUUCAGUAGAUUGGACUAUAGAAUAAUACAGCGCUUCAAUAUGUCAUUUCGUACACCAAAUCAUUGUACGUACGUACGUAGCAUGCACGCCGAGACGGGCGCCGAGGAUCUGGACCUGGGCGGCUGCCGAGAGAACGCGUGGACGGUCUUCGGGAUUCAGUGGGGCAGCCGCAGCAGCCAAGGGUCGCAGUUAGUACGAACUGUAUAAGCUCACUGCCCCAAUGCUCCCCCCUCGACCGACAUUCAUCUUUCGUCGCCCGUGGUCA